AUCUAUGGUGCACUAUGGCGAAAUUUAACAUAUGCACGCGCACGUGUAACAUAUUUUGUACGCGAUCGCGUUGUUCUUUGACAUUUCUGCCAUUAUAAUGAUGUAACAAGACCUCGCUCCAUCUUUCUCUCUCUUUCUCUCUAUUUCUCUCUCUCUUUCUCUCUCUCUCUUUUCUCUCGGACGACCGCUUUCUAAGUUUUAAAUUAUUUUCAACGAUUCUUUGCGGAUUAAAAAAUGAGCACGAUUCUGGAGAAAAUCACCUCUAUCGAGGCUGAGAUGGCUCGGACUCAAAAGAACAAGGCGACUUCUGGGCAUUUGGGUCUGCUGAAGGCGAAAUUAGCCAAACUCAGACGCGAGUUGAUCACUCCGAAGGGAGGUGGUGGGGGCGGCGAACAGGGUUUUGAAGUUGCCAAGACCGGUGACGCACGCAUUGGCUUCGUCGGCUUUCCAUCUGUUGGAAAAUCUACCUUGCUAAGUACUUUGGCUGGUGUAUAUUCUGAGGUGGCUGAAUAUGAAUUCACAACGCUUACAACAGUUCCUGGAUGUAUAAAAUACAAAGGUGCAAAGAUACAGCUGUUAGAUCUUCCAGGUAUUAUAGAGGGUGCAAAGGAUGGUAAGGGACGCGGACGACAGGUCAUAGCUGUGGCGCGAACCUGCAGCCUAAUUUUUAUUGUUCUGGAUGUGCUCAAGCCGCUCGGUCACAAACGAUUAAUCGAACACGAACUGGAAGGUUUUGGACUGCGACUGAACAAGCAGCCACCGAAUAUAACUUUUAAGAAGAAAGACAAGGGUGGUAUCAAUCUGCAGACCUUGUGCGCACAAUCCGAGCUCGAUUUCGAUACGGUGAAGAUGAUCCUGUCGGAGUACAAAAUCAGUAAUGCAGACAUCACACUGAGGUACGACGCUACCUCCGACGAUCUGAUCGACGUUAUAGAAGGAAAUCGCGUUUACAUCCCUUGUAUUUACCUAUUGAAUAAAAUAGAUCAAAUAAGUAUAGAGGAACUGGACAUUAUUUAUAAGAUUCCACACUGUGUACCGAUCUCUGCACAUCACAAGUGGAAUUUCGAUGAUCUACUGGAAAAAAUGUGGGAUUAUUUGCAACUCGUUAGAAUUUACACCAAGCCGAAAGGACAACUCCCAGAUUAUAACGCGCCUGUGGUGUUAAACACGGAAAAGCGAACGGUCGAAGAUUUUUGUAAUAAGCUUCACAGGUCGAUCGCGAAAGAAUUCAAGUAUGCAUUGGUGUGGGGUUCAUCGGUGAAGCACCAACCACAGAAGGUGGGGAAAGAUCAUCUUCUUUGUGACGAAGAUGUUGUGCAGAUCGUAAAAAAAGUGUGAUCUUAUCGUGUGCGUCAUUGUAUGACUAUUUCUCGGCAGCGCAGGAAAAGAAUAAGAUUUAUUAAUGAGAAUAAUGUGAAAUUUAUAAUUAAAUUGAUAAGUAACAUACACACGUAUACAUCCCUUUUGUAAUUCUCGUAAAGUUCUCGUAAGUUCUCGUAAAAAGCAACGAGUCUAAUCGUGAUUUCGCUGAAUGAAUCUAACCAAAAUUCCUUUUUCCUAUUUUUGAUUAGAGAACCUACACUAGAAACUGAACAUCUUAAAGGUCAUCACGCAUGCACGCGCACACACACACACA